UUCUCAUAGUUUAUAGCACUUAUUGUCUUGUAGUUACCGCGUAUUUGUGUUCAGUUUGUUUUUGAAUCAAAAAACUUAAUAAUACAAUCUCUAAUAUAUGUAGUGUGAUAUUUAUUUAAUUUGAAUUGCACCCAAUUGUGUAUGAGAAUGGAAGGAACUCCUAGAUUGAAAAAGAGAGGAUCUCUAACAUUGGCACGACAUCACAAAAGAGAUGCGUCUCCAAAUCUUUUGCAAGGAAAAAUGCGUAGGUCUUCGAUUGUGAGCAUCGAUAAUAACAAUGAUGCUGUUGACGAAUAUAGACUUUUGAGAACACCAAAAACGCCUUCAAUUACUUCAUUAAGUUCUGAUGCAGGUAUCGAAUGCACACCGCCACACAAAAAGUUCAAUUUGGAUGACAGCGUGGAAUAUUCGCCUAAAUGCUUCGAUAAUAGUUUUUCGCCCGGUGGUUUACUAUCACAGACACUCUCCUCAAACAGUCCGGAAGUCGGUUGGAAAUGGGGACGUCGUUCUAUCGAUGAGCAAGCCGAAACUGCAACACCAGACUCGGCUUAUGCCGCAGAUAGUAGUUUUACGUCAGCUGGCUCGAACAACAAAGGAGUAAUUACACGAAUAGGACGUUUGCGUAGCGAUUGUAAUACACAGCAGCUUGCUUAUGAAAUGCGUAAAGAGGAGCAGCGCCGAAAACUGGAAAUACAAAUGCGACGUGCUGAAAAGCUACGUGCAGAUGAAUUAUUAAAACAACGUUGUGCAAAAUUACAAGAACAGCUACGAGAGGCAGAGCGAAGGCGCAAGCAGGAAAUGGAGAAGAAGUUGGAAAUACCAGAGACAAUUCAUAAGGAAGAAAAAAGUAAAAUUUCACAAGAAACCACAGACUUGGAAACAUUAGCAGAAUUAGCGGAAAUAAAUGAAUUCGCCAGUGCUAACGAUACACUAGAUGAUUUCUUUAAUGAUUCCGACUCAGAUGAUUUAUUACUUGAAGCUACGCAACAACUUGAGUCCAAAAUAGUAGAACUAACACAGAAGCCAGAAAUUAAAACAACUACAACAGCAGGCGCUGCAUGUGUUUCACUGCAAACAAAUGAUAAGGGAUCAACGCGAGAAAUCUUACCGAAGACGAUUGCGUCCACAGUACCAGCGCAGGAAGAAAAACGUUCCUCACUUUAUAUGAAGUUUUUGGAGGAUGACACGCCUGACGAUUGGCUGCUCUCACUCGAUGAUGAAAUUCUGCAGGCAACACAACAAACAAAACCACGCAACUCAUUCCAGCGACACAAUUCUAUGCCGACCACUACAACGAUGACUUCAGCUACUGGCAGUGCCGGAGCAUCUAAAAGAAUCUCAACUAACGCUUCAACUGCGCUACAAACUACUACGAGCACGGCAAUCAGUACCGCAGUUGCUUCGCCAAAAAUCAUCAAACGGCAUUCGAGUUCAUAUGUCCUUCGUCCUUCGUCUACAAGUACUGCCUCCAGUUAUCGAGGUCGCCAGCUCUAUAACAAGAAGUAAAGUGUAGCCACAGGUGUAUGUUGAGCGCAGCUGAUUGGGUUUUUUUUAAUAUAAGACACUCAUAAUAAUAAGAACGUUUCUAAAAAUAAUACAAAUCUAGCAAUUAAUGAAGUAAAUAUAUAUUUUAAUUAAAUCACGGAUAUACAUAUGUAAUGUUUAUGAGAAAUCCGAAAUACUUCUGUUAGAAUUCACUUACUAUGCCUUCCUUUCACUUUCAGGUGAAAACCACCUAGACGUAGAAUUAAAUGACAAAAGCGAAGUAAAUAUAUUUUGAUGAUUUUGUGUAAAUGUGAUACAAAUCAAUGAUGCACGAUAAAGCGCAGUAUGUAUACGAAAAUAAAUAUAAAUAAUAAUUGAGUAAGCAAACAAUUAAUUAAGUUAAAUAUCUAAAUGAAAGUAUGAAUAUGUUCUGUUUGAACUAGUGAUAGUAGAAUGCUGUUGAACAUUUUUUUUUAUAGUUUUAAUUAAUUGAAAGAGUUUGAACAAAAAUAAAUAACUGUUAAGCCAUAGUAAUAAACAACUAAGUAUUAUAGUAUUUUAUUUUGUUUUUAUAAUAGUAAAUAAUACUCUAUUAAUUAGAGUUUCCACGGAAAUCCACUGGGUUACUUACAUAUUUUUAUUUUUAUUUUUUUAGUUUAUAGUUAAGCUGUUAAAAAUCGCUAAAAAUGUUGACUGUUGACACGUCUUUAGUCACACACCCAUGUACGCAUAUAGUUAAGAAAGCAGCAUAUGUUGGCUUUGGAUUAAAAAGCUUAUUGAUAACUUAAAGACAUUCACUCAUAAAAAAAAGAAACAAAAAAAAAAAAAACAUUUUUAUAAUUUUGCCAUAAUUAAAGCAUGUAAACAAAUAUUUUUUACGAAUUAAAAUUAAUUAAUUUUUAUAAGUAAUUAUUUAACAAUAUACCAAUUGAUAAAACCGAAGUUUCAGGCUUUACCCUAGAU